UUCCUGUUUGCAUUUUGUCUUGUUCAGUCGGUCGGUUGGUGGAGGAGGCGGACUGGAAAAUGGCUGACGGCGUCGAUCAUAUCGACAUCUAUGCCGAUGUUGAAGAGGAGUUCAACCAGGAGUCGGACUACCCCGUUCACGACCAGAUAGACCUGUACGAUGAUGUCAUUUCUCCGUCGGCCAACAACGGAGACGCACCUGAGGAUCGGGACUACCUGGACAACCUGCCCCCGCCUGCAGGCUCUGAGGGGAACAAGGUCGCCACGCCCAACGUGGUCUACACAUACACUGGCAAGCGGAUCGCCCUCUACAUCGGCAAUCUUACAUGGUGGACGACUGAUGAAGAUUUGACCGAAGCCAUCCGAUCAAUAGGCAUUAGUGACGUGCUUGAAAUCAAGUUUUUCGAGAACCGAGCAAACGGACAGAGUAAAGGGUUCGCCCUUGUGUGUGUGGGCUCGGACGCGUCCUCCAGGAAGCUUAUGGACCUGUUGUCCAAACGGGAAUUACACGGACAGAACCCAAUCGUCACCCCCUGCAACAAGCAGUCUCUCAGCCAGUUUGAGAUGCAGUCUCGGAAAAGUCCAGGUACAUCGGGCGGACAGAUGUCCGGAGAGGGGAAGGCGGGCCCCCCCACCAUGGGCCCCCGCGGCGGCUUCCCCAUGGGAAGGGGCCGAGGCCGCUUUCCUGGCCCGCCCGGCCCCGGAGGGGACCGCUUCCCCGGACCCAUCGGACCUGGAGGUCCCCCGCCACACUUCCCGGGGUCGGGGAUGAGGCCACCCGAACUCAUUAACCAUAGGCACCAAGAUGGCCACCUGAUGGAUAUGAAUUUCAAUUGCUUCCCGCCGGGACGUGAUGGGAAUUGGCGACCCAGAGGUGGUAUGCAGGGUCCUCCUCGCCCCCCUCCCGGCCCACCGGGCCCCCCUGGGCCCCCAGGACCCCCUCCCCCAGGACAGGGCCUCCCUCCUCCCAUGCAGGGUCCCCCCAAUCGAGGCGACCGGCCCCCGCCGCCGGUCAUGUUCCCCGGUCAGUUUGGCCAGCCGCCCAUGGGCCCUCUGCCCCCUGGCCCACCCCCACAUGGUUUCGGGCCGCCCCCCGGGCCCCCUCCACCCCAACAGGGCCCUCCGCCCCCUGGUCAUUUCCCGCCUCGGCCCCCUGGUCCUCUUGGGCCUCCGCUAGCCCUUGCCCCUCCUCCGCACAUGCCAGGCCCCCCGCCAGGAGGUCCCCCUCCGGCUCCCCAUGUCAACCCGGCAUUCUUCCCUCCUCCCGGGGGGCCCAACAACAUGGGAGGGCCCCCUGGAGGGGAUAACAGAGGCCCCAACGGACCCAACGACCCCUACGGACGCCCGCCUCCAUAUGACCGCGGGGACUUCGGACCUGCCGGAAGUAACCAGCGCCCCCUGCUAAUCCGUGAGUUUGACCGCAGGCCCCCCCCGCCCCGCGGCGGCCCGGGCCCCUGGAUUAACGAGGGUUUGGGCGAUCUGAAAAAUGGCGGCCAACACUUGCACAGUGCAAGUGACCCAGGGGACAUGGAAUCGGCGCGGACCCCACUCAGCGAGGCCGAGUUUGAGGAGAUAAUGAACCGCAACCGAGCCAUCUCCAGCAGCGCCAUCUCCAGGGCGGUGUCGGAUGCUAGCGCAGCUGACUACGGCAGCGCCAUAGAGACUCUGGUGACGGCUAUCUCCCUGAUCAAGCAGUCGAAGGUGUCGGCUGAUGACCGGUGCAAAGUGCUCAUCAGCUCUCUGCAGGACUGCCUCCACGGCAUUGAGUCCAAGUCUUACGGCUCCGCGUCCAGUUCUGUCCCCAAAAGACGCGAGAGAUCGCGGGAGCGGGACCACAGCCGAUCCCGGGAAAAGAGCCGACGCCACAAGUCCCGUAGCCGCGACCGCCACGAAGAUUACUACCGCGAACGCAGCCGGGAGCGAGAGCGUCACCGCGGCGACCGGGACAGGGAACGCGAGCGGGACAGGGACCGCGAGAGGGAGUACCGGCACCGCUAAUGAAGCCUAUGGAAGAGGACUGGGACGAGGACGCCGCGUCACAACCAGCAGGCCCUAUUUCAGGAGCGCCUCCUCCGCCUCGUCAACUAGUACCUCUGUCUGUCUCCAUGGUUACCAGGGGACUGACUACUUGGAAUUCGCUCACAGCUGUGUAAGGCUAUAAGUAGAGUUUUUUCAAAUCUAUACUCAUGGUAAAAAAAAAACUAAAAAAAAACAAACAAGAGAAACUCAACAGCGCUCUUUAUUUUUACUGACAUUUUAUUUGAUAUGAACGUAAAAUUGAUUACCUGUGUGAUGACAAGGUUCUUCAAGCUUUGCUAAAAUAAAAGUAUGACAUUUGCCUGCUCUGUUCCAAAAUAGAAAGCAAAAACAACUUUUUUGACUGCUAUAAUGUGUAAAUUUGUCAGGCUAGAAUUGUUUUUAUAAGGAGAUUCUUUGGUUUUUGUCUUCUUUUUUUUUUUUCUCCAUGUUCUUCCCAAUGUUUCUUGUUAGGAUAAUGUUUGUAAAUGUCUCUGCUUUGAUUAUUAUUAAAAUAGAUUCUGUGUUGUAAUAAACUGUUUACUGGGGUUUUGGCACUUCAUAAUCAUUUACAUUAGAUGUGUAUGUUUUUUCCUUCCUACAUUUUAUGGUAUUUGGCAAAAGUUCUGUACUAUCUGAAUAGUGACUUGAUGUAAUUUCAAGGUCACGUUAUUACCCAGAUUAAGUACAGUUGUCAAGUGUAUUUAAUAUUUUUUGUUUUAGAAUGACCAUAUUUGAUGCCUGGAAUUUGCUGAAAUUUCAUAUAGUAUUUUUGAGCCAAUAUUGCAAUGAACAAUGUUGUAAUAUUAGGUUUACUAGUCUGUGCCAAAUUAAAUUCUCCUUAGAGUUGUGCAAAUUUACCAAACAUUGUUUUUAGCUGUGGUAUAUUGUAUUCCAUUCAAACUUUAUUUAAAUUAAUUAUCUUUGCUGAAUCAUUUCAGUGAGCCAUUUGGGACGUUAUUAUUGGGCGAGGUGUAGUGCUGUAAAUCGGAUCAUUUUAGGAAAUUAUUUUUUCCCGUUUUUUAUUUUUUUUAUUUUAAUUUCUUGAUGUUUUAUGUUCAUUUACAUAACCAGAACGUAGAGUACAUUCCGAGGCUUCAUUAUCCAAACAAUGACAGUUAUAUCAAUAACUGGAUUAUUUUUUUUGUCAUAUGGGAUGCUAAAUUUACCAGUCUGGACAACACUGAUUUUGUUGGAACACCUAAAACAGAAUUAGUUUCCACUCUAUGAACUCAUGCUUUUAUAGUGUGCUGGCUUGCUUUUGCUGCCCUGGUUUCCUACUGAUUUGCGUGUCUUUCUGCUUUUGAUGAUGCAGGGCUGUAGUUUGUUAGUGUCUGGUCUGUGUUGACUAGCUUUGUCCUUUGUUGUGACAUACAUUCAGGGGCCUUGACAGCACCAACCAGCGCCAUUUGGCUGAAGCCCAUUUAUGCCUGGGAUCAGGCCCUGCUCUUGCAUCUGCUUGUGGUGGUUAUGCAAACAGUUCAGAGUAGAUGGACAUGGAUCAGUAGGAAGGUUAUUCAGGAUUUUAUUUGACUGCAUAACCCUGCCCUCCCCUCAGGGUGUAUCUCCCCACUCUUUUUUUUUUUUUCUCCAAAAGUAAAAUAGUAAGAUUUUUACUCCAUGUAGUUUAAUCUUGAAAUGUACUGAUAGCGUGUAGUGCUGUUCCCCUGCUUGUUGGUAGAGUUGACUUGUGUGCUGAAUCAUAGCCUCCACUCGAAAAUUAUAAACUAUACCAGUAAGAACUUGCCGGCACAAACACAAAUGUUUUAAAUCGAAAUGGCACAAUGAAAAACAGUUGAGUUGAAGACUGAUGUAUUUGACAUUUUUUUUAUUAGAUUUAACUUUGGUAAACUAAUCCUGUACAAAUUGUGCAUAACGAGCAACACAUCUGGAUGUUUUGAGUCCUUUUACAUUUUUAUAUUACAGUUAAUGUACAAAAUGCAUUAGGUGAUGGUAUAACUGUAAUACUAUGUUUAUAGCUCCUAUCGAAAGGGGGUGAAGGCUUUAUCUAUUCACUGCCAAUUUGAUUGCAUUUGAGGCCAAAGAAUUUUACAGCUGAAAGGAGUCAUUUAGAAUAGAACUGAUAUAAAGUUUUGAAAGGUCAAUACUGUACAUAUACACGCACGGUAUUAAUCAUACUCUGUGUCUUUCAAAUUUGUCAUUUUGUAUAUAGAAGAAUGCAUCAAUUUUCACAAGUUAUUGCCUUGAGCGAUUUAGAAAAAUCGCAACCAAGGUUUUGUGAUGACGUCUUUUAGGUAAUCAGUUUCUCUCUGACAUCUGUGACGUUGAAGAAAUUUUACUAUUUUUUAAGGUCCACUGUCUUGUUUGAGUGUGUUCAAUAAACUAGAAUUCGCCAUCUCUGAAAUCAGUCUUUGUGAACCAUUAGGCCAAAUGCUACUUUUCUGUGCAAUUUUAUCUAAUGUACUAAUUGAAUCAAUUAAAUGCAAUAAACAUGAUGGAGUAGGACAGCAGCAUAUUUUACAAGGUCUGUUGAAGUUAUGUUUGUGAAAGGUUUGUGCAGCCUACUUGCCAAAACAUAACCUGCUGUUCUUUUCUCAGGGUAAGUGUUGUGACCAGGUUUGGGGUCAAUUCUGGAAGUACUCUCUAAUGUUAGAAUUUCUUUUUUAUUAGGAACAUUUGGAAUUUUAUCCCAGCCCUGGUCGUGACAUCCUUUCAAAAAAGGUUAUAGACCGAUCAAGUCCAUUUUCUCAUGUUUACACUUGGCCAUUUAAAAGAAAAUGAUGGAUUGUGCUUGAGGCUGUCGUGUUUUCUUAUCUUCACAGUAUCGUGGCAUUGACCCAAAGGUAAGUUGUCGGUUGCAGAUCCAAGGUCAUUUGGCUGCAAGUCAAACGUUUUAAAAUAUCGAAAUUUAGAACUGUAAAGCAGUGCAGACAUGGAAUUACAAAUACAUAAAUUAUUAAAUACGUUACAAUUUUAUUAGAUUGACCAAAAAUAAGGUACUUAACCUUAAACAAAUGGUGGGUGAGGUCGUGUUUCUAUCAAAAUAUAAUUAUCAACAUAAGACGGAUGAUGGAUAUAGGUCAAAAGCUGAUGUCCCAUGUGUGAUUGGAUUGUGUGCCUUACCAAAAAUAAAACCCUUGAAAUUA